CUUCAGCAAGGGAGUAAGACCUUGCCUGUUUUAACCUAUCUAUAUAACUGGGGUUUUUUUUACAAAAAACUUCCAUUCCUCUUUUUCCUGAUCAAACCUAUGACUGAACAAUCUUUUCAUCUUGGCAGUUCAAAUACAGACAGAAAUCAGGAGAGGAGCAGUGCAGCUGCCACUUAUCCUCCUUGGACAGGGGCAAUCAUUCUGGAUGCUUCAGGAGAACUGUACAGCAAUGCUGGAUUUUAUGUUUUUGGCUUUUCCCACUCAACCACAGAAUCAAUCUUUGCUUUUCUUGGGCAUUAGCACAGUUUAUGCAAUCAUAAUUACAGCUAACACACUGAUUAUAUUAGCUAUCUGGAGGAACCCUCAUAUGCACAUCCCUAUGUAUUUCUUUUUGGGAGUUCUCUCUGUGAUUGAACUCUGCUAUACAGCAACUGUGGUCCCACAGAUCUUGGUGUCCAGCUUGCAAAAGAAGAAGUUCAUCAGUUUUAGGAGUUGCUGUGCUCAGAUGUUUCUUUUCAUUGGACUAGGUAGUGCUGAUUGCUUCUUGCUGGCUAUCAUGGCCUUUGACCGUUAUGUGGCUAUUUGUAAGCCUUUGAAAUACAAUUUCAUCAUGACUCAGCAGCUAUGCAUUCAGCUAGUAGUUGUCUCAUUGAUUAUUGCUUUCCUGAUUUCCCUGAUACUGGUAUGGUUAGUCUUUCACCUCUCCUUCUGUGCUAAGCUUGGAAUUGAACAUUUCUUCUGUGAUGUGCCCCCUAUAUACCAGCUCAUAAGUAACAAAACUGAAGUCAAUGAAGUUGGUAUACUGUUUUCAGGAGUAAUGGCCAUUGCAGUGCCUUUCAUAUUGAUCUGCACCUCUUAUCUUUUCAUCACGAUUGAAGUGCUGCAGAUCCAUUCAGCCAAUGCUCAUCAAAAGAUUAUUUCUACUUGCUCUUCCCACCUAGCUGUGGUGGCCCUCCAGUAUGGUUGUUGCAGCUUUAUGUACUUGCGUCCAAACACCAGCUUUUCUCCAAAGCAAGACCAGCUACUCUCCAUGGUCUAUACUCUGGGCACACCAUUACUCAACCCCAUAAUCUACAGUCUAAGGAACAAAGAAAUGAAGGUAGCCCUGAAGAAAGUCCUCAGCCACUGAAUUUUUCAAAAGGAUUAAUUAUCCCACUAACUGCUUAAUGUCUUGUAGAAUGGAUGCCCUUAAGACUCUUAAAUACUGCACAGAAAAAUUGCUUUGCUUCUGGAGGUGGACUAUACUUCUGGACAUUGAGUUUGAUAACUUGAAAGAAUAACUUCAAGGAAGCUAGACACUGAGGAAAAUAUUAGGUCAUCUAUUUAUGGUUUCAUGACAGAGUGAAUGCACAAAUGAAGGCACUAAUAGGACAGCAUGUGUAGGGCACAGCCAUGGGGUCUACGACAAUUUGCCGCUGUCAACUUGCUAUGGCCAACUUAUCACAGCCAACUCAUCAUGGCCAAUUCGCCAUGGCCAACUCACCACAGGACAAUUUGCUGCCGGACAAGAGUUACACUAAUAUUAAAGAAAUGGUGGGAAAGAAUCAUUAACGAAAGGAUGCAAAAGGGGGAAGAGAGUGAAAUGUGAAUGAGAAAAAUUAAAAUAUUUUUUAAUUUAUUUUAAAUAAUUAAAUUGAAUUGUUAAGUUGUCCCAUGGCGAGUUGGCUGUGGCGAAUUGUCCCUGGUGAGUUUCCCAUUCCACAGCAGUGAUACAGCUCCUUCCUUGUCUUUUGAUUUUCUUUUACAACCACUAUUCCCAAUAGCUCUUUAAUUAUUUUCUCAGCUGAAUGCUCAAACUAAACCAAACUGGUUGGAGGAUUUGCAAAGGAGAAUAAGGAAGCGUUAAAAAAACAGCAACAAUGGGAUUGGUCUGCCUCACCCAUGCCGGCAGAAAGGGCAUGCUGUGGGCUCCAUCAGUCAAGAAGUUCCUUCUCUGCUGGGGCUCCUGCCCUUUUGAAUAUCUUACUCGCUUCCCCCCAGAUGAGAUCUAUACUGACCUUCUGUAAGGGCCUAAAGGCCAGGCUCUGCCAGUUGGCCUGGGGCCCCAAUGGGGGGAGGAUACCAUUCUGGAGGUAGCUGUUAGAUUAAAAGACCCCAUCUCUCCCUGUGUUCUUCGUGCUCCCUCCUCCUCCCCAUCUUUUAAUGAUAAAUUAUUAAUAUGUCAUUUAUUGUUUUAUCCCUUUUAAUGUGUACUACUAUUAAUAUUUGUAAGCUGCCCAAAGUUGCCUCUAGAUGAAAUGGAAAGCAAAUAAAUUUAAUAAAUAAUAACAUAACAACAUAACACAA